AUGGUCUUCUUUUUCUCGAUAAUCCAAUUGGAACUGGCUUCAGUGUAUCCUAAACCCCACAAGAGAUUCCAACCGAUCAAAACGAAGUGUCAAAACACCUCCGCUGCCAGGAAGGAUGACAAAGCCGUCAACACCGCUCGCCGUUCCGGCGCCGAUAUCGAAACCUUGAAGAAACAUAAUGCUGCGACGAACAAAGCUGCAUCUAGCAGCACUUCGUUGAACACUAAGAGGCUGGAUGAGGAUACAGAGAAUUUAGCUCAUGAUCGGGUCCCAACUGAACUCAAGAAAGCUAUAAUGCAAGCCCGGAAGGACAAGAAACUUACUCAGGCGCAACUUGCCCAAAUUAUCAAUGAGAAGCCUCAAGUGAUCCAGGAGUAUGAAUCAGGAAAAGCCAUUCCAAAUCAGCAGAUAAUUGGCAAGUUGGAGAGAGCCCUUGGUGCCAAACUGCGUGGGAAAAAGUGA